GGCUAUCACUGUGAGAACCGCGCUGCGCUUGGAAACUACUUCAAGUUCAAUAAAGGUGGAUUUACGCACCAGGGACGCAUGGCACAACCGGGCUCUCACCACAGGAUGAUGAGUGUUUUGAGUCGGUGCCAGUUCUGAAGCGGAGCGUGGGCUGAGUUUGGGGUAUUUAUGGUGCGGUGUGACUGAGUGGAAGCUGUGCGCUCUCUCCGGGCACAGAGAUGGGGCGCAGAGGCGCGCUGGGAUGCUGCCUGCUCGCCGCGCUGUGCUGCUGCUGCCUCCUCCGCGGCUGCUGGAGUAACAUCACCGUUGCGGUGAUGCUGCCGGACAACCACCACAAGUACCCGUGGGCUCUGCCGCGCGUCUUGCCGGCCAUCCUCAUGGCGCACGAAGACCUGCACGGCAAACACAAGCUGCUGCUCGGCCGCAACAUCAAGAUCCUGAACUACAGCACGGAGGACCCCGCCGCGGGCUCCUGCGCCGAGAGCCGAGCUCAGGUGGUGGCCGUGGACGCCAAACUCUACAUGCGCCCGGACGUCUUCUUCGGACCAGGCUGCGUGUACCCGCUGGCCUCCGUGGCGCGCUUCGCUUCCCACUGGAAGCUGCCGCUGAUCACCGCCGGGGGCCCCGCGUACGGCUUCGACGAGCGGGGGGAGUACCGGACCAUCGUGCGCAGCGGGCCCACCACCACCAAGAUGGGGGACUUCACCAACGCGCUGCACACGCACUUCAACUGGACGUCCCGCGCCGUGGUGAUCUUCUACGACCUGCGGAAGGACGACCGGCCGCACUACUUCCUGACCGAGGGGAUCUUCCUGAACCUCAAGCAGGAGAUGAACGUCACGGUGGAGGCACGGCCGUACGUAGGCGAGCAGGACUACAAGGAUCUGAUUACCUUCAUGAAGGAAAGCGGCAGAAUUAUAUACAUCUGUGGGCCUUUGGAGUCAUUCCUGAGCAUCAUGAAGCUGUUCCAGAGUGAGAUCCAAGACCCGGAAAACUACGCCAUCUUCUAUCUGGACGUGUUUGCAGAGAGCUUGACUGAUCGCAAACCAUGGCAGAAGACCAACUUCAGCUGGGCCAAUCCAAUCGAGGUCUUUAAGUCUGUGUUCGUCAUUACGUACCAUCCCCCGGAUAAUCCAGAAUACCUGGACUUCCAGAAGAAACUCCAUGCCAGAGCUCAGAGGGAUUUUGGUGUUCAUUUGGAACCAUCAUUAAUGGACUACAUUGCUGGCAGUUUUUAUGACGGUUUUGUGCUGUAUGCAAUGGCCUUGGAGGAGACUUUGGCAGAUGGGGGUCUGCAAAAUGAUGGCAUAAACAUCACGAUGAGGACACAGAACCGUCGAUUCUGGGGAGUUACAGGACUCGUUUCCACAGAUGACAAAAAUGCGAGAGAUAUAGAUAUGGACCUGUGGGCGAUGACCAACCAGGAGACAGGAGAGUUUGGGGUCGUGACUUACUUCAACGGAAGCACCAAAGAAAUCAUUUGGUCCCAGACAGAGAAGAUCCACUGGCCCAGUGGUGGACCACCUCUGGACAACCCUCCCUGUGUGUUUUCCACAGAUGACCCCUCCUGCAAUGAUGGUCAGCUCCCAGUUCUGGGCAUUGUUGCUGUGGGUUCUGGAUUAGCGCUCAUCAUUUUCGGAAUCUCCAGUUUUCUUAUUUACAGGAAACUGAAGCUGGAGAAGGAGCUGGCUGGAAUGCUGUGGAGGAUUCGGUGGGAGGACCUUCAGUUUGAGAGCCCCAAUAAAUACAACAAACGAGCCGGCAGCAGGUUAACCCUCUCACAGAGAGGCUCCAGCUAUGGCUCCUUGAUAACUGCCCAUGGAAAAUAUCAGCUAUUUGCAAAAACUGGCUAUUUUAAGGGAAACCUGGUGGCCAUUAAACAUGUCAACAAAAAAAGGAUAGAGCUCACGAGACAAGUAUUAAUGGAACUUAAACAUAUGAGAGACGUUCAGUUCAACCAUCUGACCAGGUUCAUCGGGGCCUGCAUCGACCCUCCCAACAUCUGCAUCGUAACAGAAUACUGCCCUAGAGGAAGCCUGCAGGACAUUUUGGAGAAUGAGAGCAUAAACCUGGACUGGAUGUUCCGCUACUCCCUGAUCAAUGACAUAGUAAAGGGAAUGAACUAUCUCCACAACAGCUACUUUGGCUGCCAUGGAAAUCUGAAGUCAUCUAAUUGUGUGGUGGACAGCCGAUUUGUUUUGAAAAUUACAGAUUAUGGUUUGGCCAGCUUCCGCUCAUCCUGCGAAAACGAUGACUCGCAUUCCCUCUAUGCAAAGAAGCUUUGGACAGCUCCUGAGCUGCUUAUAUAUGACCGCCACCCCCCUCAGGGUACCCAGAAGGGUGAUGUGUACAGUUUUGGCAUCAUACUGCAGGAAAUAGCUCUGAGGAAUGGACCUUUCUAUGUGGAAGGCAUGGAUCUCAGCCCUAAAGAAAUCAUACAGAAGGUGAGGAAUGGCCAGAAGCCAUACUUUCGACCAACGACAGACAACACAUGCCACCCGGAGGAGCUGACCAUCCUGAUGGAGGGCUGUUGGGCCGAAGACCCGGCAGAGAGGCCAGAUUUUGGCCACAUCAAGAUCUACAUGGCAAAACUCAACAAGGAGGGCAGCACCAGUAUCCUUAACAACCUGCUAUCCAGGAUGGAGCAAUAUGCCAACAACCUGGAGAACCUGGUGGAGGAGCGGACGCAGGCCUACCUGGAGGAGAAACGGAAAGCUGAAAACCUCCUCUAUCAAAUCUUACCACACUCAGUCGCGGAGCAGCUAAAACGAGGCGAAACGGUGCAGGCGGAGGCCUUUGACAGCGUCACGAUUUACUUCAGCGACAUUGUUGGAUUCACGUCUCUGUCUGCAGAGAGCACGCCACUGCAGGUUGUCACAUUGCUCAACGAUCUGUACACAUGCUUUGAUGCCAUAAUUGAUAACUUCGAUGUCUACAAGGUGGAGACCAUCGGUGACGCCUACAUGGUGGUGUCCGGGCUGCCGGUGCGGAACGGCAAACUCCACGCCCGAGAGGUCGCCAGCAUGUCACUGGCAUUGUUAGAGCAGGUCAAAACCUUCAAGAUCCGACACAGACCGAAUGACCAGCUCAGACUUAGGAUAGGUAUACACACAGGUCCAGUAUGUGCCGGUGUGGUGGGGCUGAAGAUGCCCAGAUACUGUUUGUUUGGAGAUACUGUCAACACGGCGUCCCGAAUGGAGUCCAACGGAGAGGCCUUAAAGAUCCACGUAUCCUCAGCCACCAAAGAAGUGCUUGAUGAGUUUGGUUACUUUGACCUUCAGCUACGAGGAGACGUAGAAAUGAAGGGCAAAGGCAAAAUGAGAACAUAUUGGCUUCUUGGGGAGAAGACUGAUGUGUAUGUUAUCUGAGAGGCCUGCUGAUGCUGUGGCAGCAGCAAAGAUGACAGCAAGAGCUGCUACUUUAUUUGUUCUAGAAUAAGUCCUUAACUGUGAUUUCCCUGCAAGGAGAGGUGAAAACAGCCUAACGACAGAACCAGAGGAAAUCCCAGGUAUAUUUAUUACCUGCAUAAAUAAACAAGAAGAAAUAAAGAAGAAAUGUUGUUUUUGUAUGAAGAACUUCUGUACUGAGAGGGGGUGCUUUUCACAAAUGAAUCCUUAUUUUUUGUGCUUUCUAUAUUCAGAUUUGUAAUAACGUGUUUGGGAGUCAAUGAUGUUUUAGUAUUUUCGAAAUGUCCAUGAAGUUUUAAAGGCACAGAAUAGCAAUCAUUGUUACUGCAGGGUGUUCAUCGACCAUUUAAAUCAGCUGAUGUAUAUAUGUAUAUCCAAGACACUGUAAAAUAUUUUGUUCAAUAAACUGAGUGAAGCACUCUUUUUUUCAUUUA